UUUUAACAAGAAAGAUGGCUUCAUCCUCUUUUGAUAAUCAGUACACUAACUUUAUUUCGAUAUGUAAAGGAGUUCAGGCGAAAGAUCCUAGUAUGCAGCCUAGAGUGCCUCAUCCUCAUUUGGUUCAGCAUUCAAUGGCCAUAAUAGUCAGACUCAGGAAGAAUAGAAGUGGAUAUAGAACAGAAAGCACAGAAUACAUUCCACCAAACUAUACAGAGCAGGCUGAAGUUAUUGUACCAGAUGCUAAUCCUGAGGAAGUGGAUGAGAAUGAUAAUUCAAUGGUCUACCAAAUUGACCCAGGGUUUAUUAAGCUCAUGCCUAAACUCACUGAGGAAAAAGUUAUGGCAAAAACCAUUUUGGAGCUGAAAAACAGGAGUGUAGGUGUACUCCCAACAGCAGAUAUUGAUUCUCAUUUUUACUCCCAGCCAGACUUUAGUCCAUCGGAUUGCUCUGUAGAGUAUUUAUUACUCAGGAGAACCAACGAUCCUGACUACAAUGAAGAGAGCAAGGAUAAUCGAGAUACCAUCUUCCAGGGCUAUACCUCUCUCCCAGGAGGUGUUCAUAUUUAUGGUGAGAACUCAUUGGACGCAGUAGUAAGAAAUACUUAUGAGCAAACUGGAUAUGAUCUCACAGACCAUGAGAAAUUCUGAUUGGUUGGACAAUCAACUAAGAAGCAUAUUAUUAGAUAUUUACCAAACAAAAGAGUAGUCGUUGCUAAAGCUUUUAUCUUCUGUCAAUUGGUGCCAGAUGUUAUCCCAAUCAGAAAUCCACCUCCUGUCCCUGGGAUAGUAUCCAUGUAUAUGUGGAGUCAUCUAGACUUCCUCUAUCACGCAGAUGUAAGCAAGCAUGUGGAGUACCGUGAAGUCACCUCUGAAAUUCUCAAAAGAAGCUUCAAUCAUGUCAAACUGGCUCAACUCAGAAUUGCCAAUGCAGAGAAUUAUGAGCUUGUUGAAGUUGUAAGAGAUCCAAAGAAAUGCGAUCCAAUGUUUUCACUUUGCGGUGCUACAUUAGGAAUGCUCUUGGCACUUUAUGACGUAGCUCCAGAUGUAUACGAUAAAAGUAAAUAUGCCCCUCUUGUGAGAAAGCAGUUCUCCAUUCAGCUUAAAAGAUUUAAUCCAGCAUAUUUUGGAAGGUUUGGAGAUUUCAUCUCAAAGCAUACUGUCCACAAUUAUUUGAUAAAUUUGGACAAGAAACUUAAGUCAGACUACGAAGAAAGAGAUGCUGAGAUAAACUAUCUGUAUAUCUAUCCAACUUUGAUAGGCACUGCUUCUCUAUUUUACUUAAUCAGAAGAGCGAGAAAUGGAAAACAAAAGAUGAAAGCGAAAAUAUAGUUAGGAU